AUGGCCGAUGUUGUUUGUGGACGCUACAAUGACGUGUUAAGUGACGUCACGAUUGUGGAUUGUCGCUACCCGUAUGAGUUUCAAGGCGGUCACAUCAAAAGUGCGGUCAAUCUCUUCACUAAAGAUGACGUCAGUGCUCUUCUUCAUAGACCCGUCAGUGGAGACAAACGUCACGUGCUCAUCUUCCAUUGCGAAUUCUCAUCUGAGAGAGGACCCAAGAUGUACCGUUUCCUGCGCAGUCAGGACCGCGAGCUUUACAAGGAUCAGUACCCCGCCCUACUGUUUCCCGAGGUGUACCUGCUCCAUGGCGGAUACAAGGCUUUCUACAACAAGUUCAAGAAUUUGUGUGACCCGGAUUCCUACAAGCCAAUGCUGCACGAAGAUCAUUAUAUCUACGUCACUUCCGGGUAA